CUUAUCAAUGUCAGCGCUGCAGCGAUAGCAGCUUCCCAUCCUCUUCCAUUCAUGGGUGUGCUCUGCAGAAAACAACCUGCACAGACGCAGGAAAAAAAAGAGUAAGUAGGUUAGGGGUAAGUGGACUGUGGAGGCUCAUUCUCGGUAUGACCCACCUCUCAGGAAAGACAGACGCACACAGUCCGACAGCUGCCUCCUCCUCUCUCUGUGGUCACUUCCCCCUUAAAGUGUGGGAGAGGAGCAGCCUCAUGCUUGGUCUCUCUGUCUUGCAUCGUCUGGUGAGGAAUUAAGAGGUUGCUGUGGCGAACUUGAGGAUAAAAAAGAAGCUUCUUUUGGUGCACUUUGAAACAUACUUUUGGAUAUGACAUGCAGGGGAAAAGGCUUGGAGAUAUCAGGAGAGUGAUACGAAGCUUUCAUACAUGACUGGACUGCUCAGAUCAAGGUAAAAAUAUGUAUUUUUUGUACAUUAUUCAAAGUAGAUCUGUUUUUAAUUCUUGGAUUCAUGUUUUCAAAUCAUGAAUCACAAUCUCGAACCCUCAAGUGAAGCAUUUUUGAUAAAUAUAUGAAUAUAAAUCCACCGUAUCCUGCUAUAACUCUGCUCAGUCUGUGUGUGUAACGUUUAAAGACCCUUUAAAAAGAGUAAUUGUUGAAACUAAAGCAGGACUUUGAUACCAUUAAAUCCUCUUUAUUUAACUUGCUGGUUGUAAAUUGUAUGUAAUGUAUGUGGACACCAGGCAUACAGCUAUGUUGCAAUGUUUAUCUUUACCACCCUUAUCUUACAGUUGAAAUAUGAUAAAUCCCAGUGUGUUGUGCAGUUACAGGACAGGUGUAUCAAAUAUGCAGAGGGUUCAAUUCUCUCUUGGACUUUCUAAAAGGAUAACAAACACAAAGGAAGGUGUAACGCAUGAGUCCCAGCUGAUGAAUUAUUGAACAGCCGCAGCCUCACGUCCAUUACCAUGUGCUCUUAUCUGAUAGCAACAAAGAGGUUACAUCAGGCCCGACGGUCAAGGCGAUGACAGGAAGGAUGACGGCGUCUUAAACUUGAUGUGUUGUAACCGUCGUCCUCGCGUCUGCGGCUUUUCAAGAUUAAGAAACUCUGAAUUUUGUUGUCUGUUCAAGAAGAGUUUGGCGAGUUCGCUGGGAAGGACAACCGAACUGGAGAUGACCUUUCAAAGUAUUUUUGGCACCAAGAUAUGACGUAGUUUUAGGGUCUGGGUUUUCCUGACAAAAACUGAUGAGACUUAUCUUGAAUUUUAAGAACUGAAAGAUGAGUUCAUUUCAGGAAAAUACAAAAACUUUUGACCAUCUCUGAAGGGACGUGCUAUCGUCAUUCAUCAAACACUCAUGUUUGGUUAUAAUCCCAACGUAUUGUCGAAUUUUCUGUGUUUGAAGUUAAUUUCCUCAAAGUUUCGUUCAUAAUCUUGCUCCAUCUUUCCUUUUUUCCACUCUUAAGCGAUCUGACGGUCUGGUCAAAAUCUUUUGGCUUAUUUGAGAUUAAACACAACGUCCUCUUGGCCACGUGUGUCUUAUCUUUGAGUUACUUCCUUUAUUAGUCAGUGAGUGGAGUUUGAGUGAAUACAAUUCUUAUUAAUCUGUUUAAAAGUGGCGUCCAUAACAGUGAGUACAUCUUCAUCUUGUUUAACGUCUUAGGUAUACCUCGUCCUGCGUGGAUAUUUGUCAUAUCUUUCCUGGUGGUUUGAAUCCACAACCUAUUUACAGUAAUCGACUUUACUCUGUUUCCUGCUUUAUUUUCCCACAAACCUCGUUUCUCAUCUAUAAUGUGUUUCCUCUGCUGUUUGUCGAGCCUGUUUCUGCACGCUGAGCGAUAUAAAACAACCACAGGUUCAGAAAAGUCAGCGAAAAUGAGUCACUUGAGACCUUAAACCUGGACUUUUAAGCUCCCUCCGUCUGUUCUAACAAGAUUUCUGCUCCUCUUCUUCAGGGCUGAUGGACCUUGAUGGGAGUGGACUGGGUCCUCAGAUGGGAGGUAAUCUGCAGAUUUCACAAAAGAUGGAAGGCAACGACUCCUUGGUUUUGCUCUCCGGGGAGCGACUGAUCUACGCGAUCACCAUCCCGCUGUCCACCUCCAUCAUCCUCGCCAACCUCGUGAUCAUCUUGGGUAUCGCUUGGAACCGCCAGCUCCACAACACGCCAAACUACUUCUUCCUCAGCCUGCUGGUGGCGGAUUUGUGCACAGGCGUGGCGUUACCGUUUAUCCCUUUAAUGGGUCUGAACCGGGAGUUGAGUUUGAACUCCUGCAUGGUGGCUCACAUUUUCCCAAACUUCCUGUUUUUGGCGUUUCUUUUCAACCUCGUGAUGGUGCACUACGAGCGCUACAUCUGCAUCGUGGACCCUUUGCAUUACAACAACCUGUGGAUGCAUCGAAGUUUUCCUUUGGCGCUGCUCACCGCUUGGGCGCCACCGCUUCUGUACGCAUCGCUACCUGCGUUUGGGUGGAAUAACUGGACCGGUCCGGACUGGAACAGCUGCUGCGCGGGAAGCCAAAAGGUUACGCCACUUUCGAACUGCUCGACAAACGGCACCACCUGCUGCUCGUACAGAAGAGUAUUCCCGAACGCUUUUAUCUACCUAGAAGUAUACGGACUGGUCUUACCUGCGAUCCUCACCAUCGCUUGCAUGACAGGACGAGUUUUGUGGAUCACCAGAGGCCAGCUGAAAGACAUCUGUCGCCUCCAUCGAUCCGUCGAACGUGGAGCUCAAGCCUCAGAUCGAGAGCAUCGGCUGAACCUGCGCUACACCCGUUGCGUCGUAGCGGUAUCGCUGACGUUCCUCGCGUGCUGGGUCCCCUACCUCAUUUACAUGCACGUCUGUAUCGCGUUCUUGAUCAGUGACACCAAAUGGAGCUCCACCACUCAUAUCGUCCUGUCAUGCACUGGUAUUGGAAGCAUGGCGGUGGUGCCGCUAGUCCUUGGCUUGGCCAACAAGCAGUACACGGAACCUGCGUACAAACUACUCCAGAAACUACGAGACCGAUGGAGGCGGAAGACGCAGGAACCAGAUGAAGUGGCCGUCUGAGGGGACUGAAUUCAAAUAUUUAUGAAGAUGAUGUAAAUAAGAUUGACAGACUGCAUGUGCAAUGUUUAUUGAUGAAGGCCACAAGGGGGGGCUAUCCAACUCAAACAAGAUAAAUUUACGCUGAUUCUCUCACUAUUUAUUAAUAAAUAGUUCCCAUAAAAGGCUACUAUGCGAUUUGAAACAGUUAUGUCAGUCUAUAGUUUUUCACUUCUAAGAAUUGGCCGCCAUUUUUUCCGUAGUUUAACUGACAAAAUUAGCUAGCUGGUGUGACUGAAAGCUGAUCUUUCGCUCUGGUUCUUAAUAAUUUAUGGCGUUUGAGGUGGGGUAGGCAGGAUUCUGUUAAAGAAGCACCUUUUUUUGUGGUGUAUAUACAAUAAAACUUUAAAUAUCAGUCAAUAGCUAUUAGUUAUUGAUGACAUUUGAUAACAUAACGAUAUCGCUGUGUUUUGUUAUGUCUGUUAUGUCUGAGGGGAGAGGAGGAGCAGAGGGGAAAACUGGUUGGGAGGGGUAGAGUUUACAUUCAAGAUUUCUCCUAAAAACUGUCACUUCCUCAGAUCCUGAUGACCCCACCUUUAACUCAAAAGGUAUUUAAGCACCAUGAAGUUAUUGGUCACAGUCUUAAAUAGAAAAGGCGAGGAGAACGCACCAUUACGAACCGGACAAUAAUCGAGCGAAUUUGAUGGGCUGUUACAAGGUUGUGUAUUUUAUAAUAGCUUUAAGUUUCACAUGUUGAUCAAUUUUUGGUGUCAAAUGUUUUCAUGUUGAAUUUUACUCUGAGCUUAUUUCUUUUAAAAGCACCUUCCCAACGCUCUCGCUAGGAACCAGUGACUGCGUAGAUGACUUCGCCCAAAACAGACGAUCAAAACCUGGUAUUAGUUACUCAAGCGGAGAGGGGAAAUGUGUAUCAGUUUAGAGAAGGUGAUGUUUGGUGUCGUGGUGCGUUUCAUUGAAUUGUAGUGUGAGUUUGAUAAGAAAUCGACGCGGUCAACAUAGCCAAGCUAGAUCUAGAUGCUAACGUGAAGAUAACGAUGAAGAUGGCGAGGAGAGGUCUCAAAGGUGUAAAAAUUCACUUUUUUACAAGUUUAAGUGUGAAAACAUCCUGCUUUCAAAUGUAAAUCCUGCUUUAAUUAUAACCUUACAAAAGGUUAAUAAAACUCGCCUCAUAUCAGCGCUGUAUAUCCUAUAAAUGCACAAAGACAUAAAACAUACCUUCAUUUGUCUUUGUGGUGCCUGUAACUGCUCGUAGAUAUUCUCCAUCUGUCACCCACUCAGCUGCUGUGUUUACUCCUUUUCCCCCUCACUACUGUUUAUCUGCGCGCUGGUAUGCGAGCUGAAGAGGGGAUAGGGAUUCAUCCGAAGUCUGCGGUACAUCUGCAAGACAAGGAGAGAUUAGAGCCGAACAAGAAUAAAGACAGAAAAUACGACUUUUGUGUUAAAAUUAGUUUUUUGAUUUAAUGUUUUAUUUGCUGUAUAGAUUUAUUCAAAAUACAUUUCCAUCAAACAGACGGUGUCAUGCUAUUUUCCCCGUGUGACACAGUGGGUUAUGAAGACACUUUACGUGGGUGGAAAGGAGACAGACGGUAAAUGUUAAUCACAUUAAGGUGCAAACAAGGUACAAAACGUUACAGGACAUGAGGAGAAAGAGGAGAUCUUCAUAAGGUCACUGUCUGCACGUCUUUUGUUCCAGUACUUUUCCACACUGUCUGGCUGCGUAACAACCUUUCUGUAUCUGGUGGUGAAACUUUUAUACUGUGAGCUAAAAUCUAUCUUUACUCAGGAUUAAAUUAGCUCAUGCUCAGAUAAUUUGACUUUAUGCGAGGUUUUAUUCCUAACUAAAAAUAUAAAUAUUUCCAUGAUUGUCCAAA